AAAUACUUGGUUCUUAUCAUGUUUGGCCAAGCGAAGCUAUUUUUUACCUCGCUUGCGGACGGCGCUAACUAGGGGCCCAGCCUAAAUAUAUGACUGCGCACAUCUGUCGAAGUAACUCGUUGCUAAUGAUGUCGUAUGAUGCAAGCGCGAGCCGGACGAAUAGGGAUGCAGAAACGUCCGAGCCUCUCGACUCGUCGUCUAUUUUGGAAAUGGGCGUCCGCCAUUGUAUGCAUCGGCAUGCAUAUUCCUGGGAAUGCAGUGCCACACCGGGAGAAUACUUGGGAAAUGCCCGGCGCUGGGCACAAGAGAGUAGCAUGAUCCUUUCACCUCCCCAGAAAUCAUCCCAAAACUACUACAACACCUCAUUGAACUUCAAAACUCUCUCUCAGGAGGCUUACACUGAUGUAAAGCCCUCGGCCAAUGCGUCCUCAGACACAGCCCAGCUCGUCAAGGAACCGUGGGAAUCUUGCCCGUGGAGCCAGUUGGCCGUGUUGGUGCUAAUGUCUAUGCUCUCAAUGUCCACGCUGGUGGAGUUGUCGACUGAGAGUUCAGCCCUUUUGAUCCCAACACUCUUAUUACUGGAUCUGAAAACGGUGAGGUCAAAAUAUGGAGGAUCUCCAGCAGAGAAGACAACUCUAAAUUUAGCUAUAGAACGUUCAGGGGGCGUCUUUUUUACGAACAGGGCAGAAGGGGCUGAGAUAUUUUGGAAUUCAAAAUGAGAUGUGGCUCCACACACCACACCGAUUAGUCCCAAUAUAGUGAUAGCAGUGUCCUAGUUGCCACGGGUCAUUCGGUCAGUUUUGAACCUAUUUGCUGAUCUCCACAAUUCUUUACCAAUUGCUAUUUAAAACUUAUUUUGAUUAAUGUAUAUGUCGCCGAGAUGCCACGAUAUUGAUUUCGUCGGUUAAGCUCGCUCCUUGAGACGUACACACAACAAAAUGUGACAUGGAUUUUGUAUGGAAAAUAAAUAUUUUUCUAUCCUGUGC